AUGGCAGUCUCCAUCAGCCACAUAUCGUUUGAGCACCACUACCCCCACGCCCUCGGCAUCGGGGAGACAGAGCCGCGCAUAUCAUGGCGCUUCGCCGGGGACGCGGUCAACUGGACCCAGACGAGCUACGACAUGGAGAUCACGCGUGACAUCAGUCACCACAGCCACAGUCAUCCGACAGGGGAGCAGGCUCAGCAGCAGCAGCUGUUCAGCGUGAACGGCUCGGAGAGCGUGCUCGUGCCCUGGCCCACGCUCGCGCUGUCGGCGGGGGAGAGGGCUUCUGUGCGCAUCCGGGCGCGUGGGAGGCAGUGGUCUGAUAUCACAGACGUUGGUAACAACGGGAAGAAGCUCGACUCGGAGUGGUCAGACAGGUACUUUGUUGAAGCCGGUCUCUUCGAGAAGAAGGACUGGCGCGACGCGGAGAUGAUUGCCAGCACGAGUGCCGAGGACAGGGAUGUGGCGAAACGUCCGAGGCUGUUUCGAAAAGAGUUCUCGUUGUCUUCCAAGCACGGCAGCGGUAGUGAUGCGGGCGGGAGCCACAACGAACGCUAUAACGAGAACUGGCUGGCGAGCGGUCGGGGCCAGGCCGUCAUGUCCUCGCCCCAGAUCGCCCGGGCGAGGCUGUACGUCACCGCUGCAGGCUUGUACCAGGCCUACAUUGACGGGCGCAGCGUCAACGGAGAUGUGGUCCUCGCCCCGGGGUGGCAGGACUACGGGUACCGCCGGGUAUACGACACUUAUGAUGUCACUGAGCAUCUCACCCAGCAGGGAUCAGUUGACCCGGACCUUCAGAGCGAUCAUCACCACCGCAGGGAGGAUAAAGGGCGACAUGUGCUAGGUAUCGUGGUCGGCGAAGGGUGGUAUGCCGGCCGUAUAGGCUGGAAUGGAGGCCAGCGGAAUGUAUGGGGCUCAGAUCUUGGAGUCCUGGCCUUGCUGGUUGUCACCAUGACUGAUGGGACGCAGCGGGUGGUCAAGACGGACGAGUCUUGGAGUUACGGGGCGGGUCCUAUUAUCCGGAGUGAGAUAUAUGAUGGCGAGGAGUAUGAUGCUCGAGAGGAGCUGGAAGGGUGGAUGAUUCCAGGAUAUCGUGCUCAGAAGGGGACAUGGGGCGGUGUGAAGACGAUCGAUACGCCUUUUGAUAGGCUUGCCGCGCCGGACGGACCGCCGAUCAUGCGAACGGGUGAGGUCGAGCUUGCUGAUGUGUUGACGAGCCCGUCUGGUAAGACGAUUCUCGAUUUCGGGCAGAAUCUUGUCGGGUGGUUGAGAGUGAAAUUUGAUGGGCCGAGAGGGCAGCAGAUCAAGUUUCGUCAUGCUGAAGUGCUCGAGAACGGCGAGCUGGCCAUUGGACCACUCCGCAACGCCGCACAGACAGACACCGUCACCCUGUCCGGCAAUCAAACCCUGGAGUGGGAGCCUGCCUUCACCUACCAUGGUUUUCGAUACGUCGAGGUCACGGGGUGGCCAGACACGGUGCCGCUCAACAAGAAGUCUAUCAGAGCCAUCGUGGUCCACUCGGCCAUGGAGCGCAGCGGCUACUUUGAAUGCUCCGACCCGCUGCUAAAUAAGCUGCACGAGAACAUCAUAUGGAGCAUGAGGGGCAAUUUUAUGAGCGUCCCUACCGACUGCCCACAACGCGAUGAGAGACUGGGCUGGUCUGGUGAUGCGCACGUAUUUGCCCGCACCGCCAACUACUUGUUCGACACGAGCGGCUUCUGGAGGGGGUGGAUGAGGGAUGUGUACGAGGAGCAGAGGGCAAGAAACGGCUCGCCAGCCAAUGUCACUCCCAGCUUUCCCUGGGUUCAAAACACUCCCAUCACCCCUGCGGUCUGGGGAGACGUGGUCGUCGGCAACCCAUGGAACACUUACCAGUCCUUCCGCGACAGGAACAUACUACUUGAGCAGUACGCUGGUGCAAAAGCCUGGCUGGACAGCGGCAUCCAGCGCCAGCCCAGCACCCCACGGAACAUCGCGCUGUGGGACCGCGACGCAUUCCAGUUCGGCGACUGGCUCGACCCUACGGCCCCGGAGAACGACGCCAGCCAGGCGCAGACCGACAAGAGAUUCGUGGCGGAUGCGUACCUGGUGGGCAUGACGAAGCUUGUCGCGCAGAUGGCGCGGGUCUUGGACAAGCGCGACGACGAGAAGUACCACGCCCGAUGGGCGGAUGACUUGCAGGCCGCGUUCCAACACGCGUGGGUUCACAAGGACGGCACGGUGUACAACGAGACGCAGACGGGUAUCGCACUGUGUCUGUGGUUCGACCUGUUCCGCAGCGAACGCGAGGCGGAGGCCGCGGCGGCACGGCUGGACAACAUCAUCGCGGGGAACGAGUACAAAGUCGGGACUGGGUUUGCGGGGACACAUAUUCUCGGCCAUGCGCUGACCAGGUAUAACCUGACGAGCACGUUUUAUCGGAUGCUCAAGCAGACGACUGUGCCGAGCUGGUUAUACCAGGUGGUCAUGGGUGGGACUACGACCUGGGAAAGGUGGGAUAGCAUGCUGCCAGAUGGGAGUGUGAACUGGGGCGGCAUGACGAGCUUCAAUCAUUAUGCAUUCGGAUCUGUGGGGGACUGGAUUCACAGGGUUAUUGGCGGGCUGGCACCAAGUGAAGAGGAGGGCUGGAGAAAGGCGGUGGUGAGGGUUGAACCGGGUGGUGGGAUUACGCAUGCGAGGGCGAGGUAUCUGAGUCCUUAUGGGUGGAUUGAGACGGAGUGGACGGCCGACAAUGGCAAGAAGCCCAAGCUGAAAGUGACUGUGCCACCGAACGCGAUGGCCGAGGUGGUCAUGACAGCCCAUGGUAAGGAACGUGCGACCAUUGGCAGUGGCCAGCACGAGUUUCCUUCAGCAGAGUCUAAUUGA